AUGCCAGCAUUUACUCCAAGAUCAAUACUGAGAUCAUCACCAGCACUUGAACAAUCUGAGGGUGUUGGUGCUAGAGUUCGAAGAUCUAUCGGAACUUCAGCAGUCCGCAAUUAUACACCUUUCCUUAUGCUAGAUCACUUCAAGGUAUCUCCUGAAGCUGGGUUCCCCGAUCACCCUCACCGAGGUCAGGAAACUAUCACUUACAUGAUCAAAGGUCGUAUUGACCAUGAAGAUUUCACUGGUUCUGCAGGUACCCUGGGUCCUGGUGACUUGCAGUUCAUGACAGCUGGCCGAGGAAUUGUGCACGCUGAAAUGCCUCGGAUAGAUAAGGACGAGGACGGGAAUAUUGAAGUGGUAGAAGGACUCCAGCUAUGGGUGGAUCUCCCUAAAGAACUUAAAAAUUGUGAACCACGAUACCGUGAUUUGCGGGCCAAAGAAAUACCCAUUGCCAAGCCAAGUGACAAGGUUGAGAUUAAGGUGAUUUCCGGAGAGUCUUAUGGAGUUGACUCGGUCAAAGACCUGGCCUAUACACCAGUCUGGUUUCUAGAUAACAAGGUUCAUCCUGGAGGGAAAGUCGAGCAGCCAUUGCCUAUUGGGUUCAAUGCGUUUCUUUACAUUUUGGAAGGCGAGGUGAUGGUAAAUGGGCAACGCUUUAAGCAGUUUACUAAUGUUUUUUUCAACGAUGACGGAACCGGAGUUGAAGUUCGGGUUUCUGAUACUGCCAGUGGUCCGGCUCGAUUCGCAAUUAUUGCAGGCGCAAAGCUGGACCAACCAAUUGUUCAACACGGUCCCUUUGUCGAAACAUCACGCGAAAAAAUUAUGCAUGCAUUUUUCGAUUACCAAACGGGGUCAAAUGGAUUUGAGCGAGCAGUAGGAUGGGAAAGUGAAAUUGGUAAAAGAAUGCUUAGAAAUUUUUAA